AUGGACGCACAUUCUGCCAGUGCGAGUAAGGACAACGGGGUUGAAGCACCCGCGGAGAGCGGACUCGGCGAGUGUAAUCGCUGGCGCGAGUAUCUUCUUGCGGAGUCCGCGGCGUACCGGGAGCUUGAGCGUGAGCGCGCUGAGGGGUGGAGAUCCGAGUCGCUUGACUGGUGGUACCGAAGGCGGCAACAGCAACAGCAAGAGAAACGGCCAGAGCGAAACGGCACUGACGGGGUCCCAGUCGGUGCAGCCGGCGGAGGCGCCACGUCAUUCGCGGACAGUGAUAUUGAGAAGCUGUGCGAGCGGUACUGCGUCCACGCCGGGGACAUCUUGACGAACGCCGCUCCAGACUUCUUUAGCGUCGCCCCGCGGGCGCGAAAGCAGCAGCACGAGAAUGGUGGGCCGAGCGCGCCACCGACGUUUCUCGACCUCGGCUGCGCCCCUGGUGGGGUGUCGAAGUACCUCGUCACGAAGCUGCAGUGGCAUGGCGUUGGCGUCAGUCUCCCCGUCAACCGCGGCGGCAUCGCGUUGGAUGUGUCGUGGCUGUCGUCCCCGCCGGCAUCCGCGCGCUACGAGUUCGUCGAGGGGAGCAUCACCGAGGAUGACUGGCAUGCCGCCGUCGCGGGACGNCGCUUCUUCUUCAUCAACGGCGGCGCAGUGCAGGACCACGGGCAGCGGGAGGGUGAGGCGCCGCACGACACGGACUCCGCCGCGGGCGCAUCGUGCGUGCUGCCGUGGUUCAACUUCCUCGUGCCGCAGCUGCGCCUCGCCGCGGAGCAUGUUGAGGACGGCGGCGCCGUUAUGCUCGUUUUGGGCGUCCCGCAGUGCGCCAGCCUUCCGAUCCUGCUCAUGCUCCUGCGGCCGCUCGUCCGCGGCGGCGUGCACAUCAUGGAGACGAUGCACCUGACCAAGUCGCCGGUGUACGUGCUCCUCACUGGCGUUCGUGCCACCCACGACGCGGCAGCACGGACGGCGUGGAAUGACGUGCUGCAGACAAUGACGCAAGGCACGCGGGCAUUCUGGCGUGGCGAAACGGAUGAUGGAUUGCGCCUCGCAAAGGCCGGAUUCGAGCAGCACCGCAGCGACCUUGAGGCCGUCUGGCGCAAGGCUUCGGCGUUCUUGCGGCGGCGUCGUCUCUACGCGGAGCGGGCCAUGGCAGCAUCCACGAGUAGGGAGCGGUUAAAGAAGCGGUCCCGUGCUGAGGAGUGA